GUUACAGCCUGAGAGAAGACAAAAACAGGAGACAUAUUAUUCAAGAUAUAAAGUAAUGAAAGCAUGAUUUUGAAGUGAGAGCGGUACCAAAGGUGUAGUGGUUUUGCGAUGCCGUUUCCUAGGCAAGGAGGCAAGGGAGCCCAGCGCCUGCUGCUCUUAGUUUUGCUCCUCGCAGCCUGGAAGACUGGGAGUGGUCAGGUCCACUACUCGGUCCCGGAGGAGGCCAAACACGGCACCUUUGUAGGACGCAUCGCGCAAGACCUGGGGCUGGAGCUGGCAGAGCUGGUGCCACGCCUGUUCCGGGUGGUGUCCAAAGGCCGUGGGGACCUUCUGGAAGUAAAUCUGCAGAAUGGCAUUUUGUUUGUGAAUUCUCGCAUCGACCGCGAGGAGCUUUGCGGGCUGAACCUGGAGUGCAGCAUCCACCUGGAGGUAAUUGUGGACAGGCCGCUGCAGGUUUUCCAUGUGGAGGUGGAGGUGAAGGACAUUAACGAUAACCCACCGGUUUUCAGAGGGAGAGAACAAAGGUUAUUUAUUCCUGAGUCUAGACUGGUGGAUUCACAUUUCCCGAUAGAGGGUGCUGCUGAUGCGGACAUUGGGACCAAUGCUCUAAUAACUUACACCCUCAGCCCCAGUGAUUAUUUCUCUUUGGAUGUACAGGCAAGUGAUGAACUGAGUAAGUCACUUUCACUUGAAUUGAGGAAAUCUUUGGAUAGAGAAGAAACACCAGAACUUCGUUUAUUAUUGACGGCCACUGAUGGGGGCAAACCAGAGCUGGAAGGUACAGUUCAGCUGCUUAUCACAGUGCUGGACGUUAAUGAUAAUGCCCCAUUGUUUGCCCAGGCUGUGUAUAGAAUCCAUUUAUUAGAGACUACAGCAAAUGGAACAUUAGUGACUACAUUAAACGCCUCUGAUGCCGAUGAAGGUGUAAAUGGCGAAAUUGUCUUUUCCUUCGUCAGUGAUGUUCCCCUAAACAUUCAAAAAAACUUCAAAAUUGAUUCCAGCUCAGGAGAAAUUAGGCUAAUUGGUAGACUGGAUUAUGAGGAAACAAAAUCUUAUGAAAUUCAUGUAAAAGCAGUUGAUAAAGGAAGUCCUCCAAUGUCAAAUCACUGCAAGGUUUUAGUGAAAGUGCUAGAUGUAAAUGAUAAUGCUCCACAACUGGCAGUCACAUCUCUGUCUUUGCCGGUCAGAGAGGACACUCCACUCAGCACCGUCAUUGCUUUUGUUUCCGUGUCCGACCGCGACUCCGGAGUCAACGGGCAGGUGACCUGCUCUCUGACGCCUCACAUCCCCUUCAAGCUGGUGUCCACCUUCAAGAAUUACUAUUCGCUGGUGCUGGACAGCGCCCUGGACCGCGAGAGCGUGUCGGACUAUGCUCUAGUAGUGACAGCACGGGACGGGGGCUCGCCUUCGCUGUCGGCCACGGCCAGCGUGUCCGUGGAAGUGGCCGACGUGAACGACAACGCGCCGGCAUUCGCGCAGGCCGAGUACACGGUGUUCGUGAAGGAGAACAACCCUCCCGGCUGCCACAUCUUCACGGUGUCCGCGCGGGACGCGGACGCGCAGGAGAACGCGCUGGUGUCCUACUCGCUGGUGGAGCGGCGGGUGGGCGAGCGUGCGCUGUCGAGCUACGUGUCGGUGCACGCGGAGAGCGGCAAGGUGUACGCGCUGCAGCCGCUGGACCACGAGGAGCUGGAGCUGCUGCAGUUCCAAGUGAGCGCGCGCGACGCGGGCGUGCCCCCGCUGGGCAGCAACGUGACGCUGCAGGUGUUCGUGCUGGACGAGAACGACAACGCGCCCGCGCUGCUGCCGCUGCCUGGGGCGGGCGGCGCGGGCGGCGCCGUGAGCGAGCUGGUGUGGCGGUCGGUGGGCGCGGGCCACGUGGUGGCGAAGGUGCGCGCGGUGGACGCGGACUCGGGCUACAACGCGUGGCUGUCGUACGAGCUGCAGCCGGCGGCGGGUGGCGCGCGCAGCCCGUUCCGCGUGGCGCUGUACACGGGCGAGAUCAGCACGACGCGCAGCCUGGACGAGGCGGACUCGCCGCGCCAGCGCCUGCUGGUGCUGGUGAGGGACCACGGCGAGCCGGCGCUGACGGCCACGGCCACCGUGCUGCUGUCGCUGGUGGAGAGCGGCCAGGCGCCCAAGGCCUCGUCGCGGGUGUUGGCGGGCGCCGCUGGCGCGGAGACGGCGCUGGUGGAUGUCAACGUGUACCUGAUCAUCGCCAUCUGCGCCGUGUCCAGCCUGCUGGUGCUCACGCUGCUGCUGUACGUGGCGCUGCGGUGCUCGGCGCCGCCCAGCGAGGGCGCGUGCGGGCCGGCGGGGAAGCCCACGCUGGUGUGUUCCAGCGCGGUGGGGAGCUGGUCGUACUCGCAGCAGAGGCGGCAGAGGGUGUGCUCUGGGGAGGGUCCGCCCAAGACCGACCUCAUGGCUUUCAGCCCCAGCCUACCUCAAGUUCCAGGCUCCGCAGAUGAAAGACAACAACCCUCAGAGUCAGAACACUUAGGAAAGGUGAGUCUUUUCCAUCGAUUCUAG